AGAAACAGUUGAGGUUGCGCCUGAAGAGAGCAGUGCUCCUAUUGGUUAGAAAACACGCCGCCGCGCCGGACGUAAGCACGGCAGACGCGGGACGCCGGUAGCAGUUGAAAAAUGGCGAGUGUUACUGAACUGAAAGCUGUUUUAAAGGACACCUUGGAAAAAAGGGGAGUGUUAGGACAUUUAAAAGCAAGGAUCCGUGCUGAAGUUUUCAGUGCCCUGGAUGAUGAUCAUGAACCCCGACCAUCAUUGUCUCAUGAAAACCUUCUAAUUAAUGAAUUAAUUAGGGAGUAUUUGGAAUUCAACAAAUAUAAGUACACAGCCUCUGUCCUCAUAGCAGAAUCUGGUCAACCUGUAGUUCCAUUGGACAAACAGUUUCUCAUCCGUGAACUGAAUGCCUUUGAAGAAUCAAAGGAUAACUCAAUUCCUCUGUUAUAUGGAAUUUUAGCCCAUUUCUUGCGUGGUCCUCCAGAUGGCAUCCAGAAUGUGCUUCUGACAGAGUCGACACUCCAGCCUUCAAACAGACAUCCCAGCUGGAAGCCCAGCAGAAAACCAAAGGAUGACUACCUGAGGAAGGACACGGUCCCAAGCACCACAACUGAAGAGCUGCAUGCUGCUGCACAAGCAGUCAGUAGAUGACUCUCUGAUCUCAGCUGUGUAUGUGGAGUAGUUAACUUAUUAUUCCCAAUACCAUUAAUUAGACCACCAUGUUUGUAAAUGUUUGAGCUUCUACAAACAUUCAGCCUCAAAUUUUACUGUAUCGGUGAAAAGCUAAUCCGUGCUAAAAGCACCAGAGAAAAAUAUGUAUUGUUUUCAGGAUUGUUUUUUGUUUUGUUUUGUUUUUUACUUUUUUGGUUUUUUGAGAUAGGUGUUUUGGUAUAGCCUUGGGUGUCCUAGAACUCACAUUGUAGCCCAGGCUGGCCUCAAACUCACAGAGAUCUGCCUGCCGAGUGCUGGAAUUAAAGCAGCAUCCUGCCAGGCCAGGAUGUAUUUUUUAAAGUUCUUAAGUUUGUGAAAACUGAAAAGUACUUUGUACUUUAUUCUUUGUACCUUUUCCCUUUUUAAAAGGCUAUCACCAAGGGCUGUGGAUGUGCUUCCAGGAAAGCACUUGCCUCGCAUGUGUGAGGUCCUGAGUUUAGUCCUCACACUGUAUGCUCUGUUCAUUAAACUUCCUUCAGCUAGAAUUAUAUAGGCCUGUGGAAAAACUCAUUCAUGUUUUGAAAAAAAUGUUUACAGGGCAUAAAACCAAAAUUUAUUUCUUUAAAGUUUAAUAUUUAAGAAAUACUUGAAUCACUGUCUGCCCCGGCUAGUUUUAUCUCAGCUUGACACAAGUUAGAGUCAUUUGGGAAGAGGAACUCUCAGUUGAGAAAUGUUCCUCCAUCAGAUUGGCUUAUGGGCAAGCCUGUAGUACAUUUUAUCAAUGAUUGAUGUGAGAGGGUCCAGCCCAUUGUGGGUUCAGUAAGAAAGGCCGAGCAGGCCUUGUUGUGCAAGUCAAUAUGUAGUGUGGUGUUCUACCCUGACUUCUUUCAGUGGUAGCUUGUGAUAUGGAACUAUAUGCUGAAAUAAACCCUCUCCUUCCCAAGUUGCUUAUGGUCCUGGUCUUUACAAUAUUAAUGAAAACCCUGAGACACUCUAA